UCUCCAUCUGUCUACUCCUCAAUAUACAAGUCCCGUCAAGACUUCACCAACGGCAUCUCGAUUUCUGGCAUUAUCGGUUGGCACGUCCGCAGACCAACAUACUUGUUUCACUUUCUAUUUGAACACGGCUGGUCCCUAAGUGAAAAAAUAAAUUAAUAUUGUAACUAAAUAAUAAUUGUAGAGUAAAAUGCGAUCAUCCAUCGCAGUAUUUGCUGUUGUGGCUGUUGCCACUGUCUACGCAGAAAUUUUCUUCGAGGAGAAAUUCCUUGACGAUUCGUGGGAGGAUAAGUGGGUUUACUCUGAGCAUCCCGGAAAGGAAUUCGGUAAAUUCGUGCUCAGCCAUGGAAAAUUCUGGAACGAUCCUGAAAACGACAAAGGUAUUCAAACGUCGCAAGAUGCGAGGUUCUAUGCCCUCAGCCACAAAUUCAAACCUUUUUCCAACAAAGACAAACCACUGGUUGUUCAGUUCACGGUGAAACAUGAGCAGAACAUUGACUGCGGAGGUGGUUAUGUAAAGGUAUUCGACUGUUCCCUCGAUCAGAAGGACAUGCAUGGAGAGACGCCCUAUCUCCUUAUGUUCGGGCCUGAUAUCUGUGGGCCAGGGACCAAAAAAGUCCAUGUUAUUUUCAACUACAAGGGGAAAAAUCUUCUUAUUAAUAAGGACAUUCGUUGCAAGGACGAUCAAUACACCCAUCUCUACACUCUUAUUGUCAAUCCCGACAAUACAUACAAGGUUCUGAUUGACAAUGAAGUCGCUGAAUCUGGUGACUUGGAAGCAGACUGGGACUUCCUUCCCGCCAAGAAGAUCAAGGAUCCAUCUCAGACUAAACCGGAGGAUUGGGACGAUCGCGCCACAAUUCCUGACCCAGAGGACAAGAAACCGGAAGAUUGGGACAAACCAGAGCACAUUCCCGACCCAGAAGCCACAAAGCCAGAGGACUGGGAUGAGGAAAUGGAUGGGGAAUGGGAGGCACCAAUGAUUGACAAUCCAGAGUACAAGGGGGAAUGGAAACCAAAGCAGAUUGACAACCCGAAUUACAAGGGACCAUGGAUUCAUCCUGAAAUCGAUAAUCCUGAAUACACACCUGAUCCGGAACUCUACAAGAAGGAUGAAGUUUGUGCUAUUGGUUUUGAUUUAUGGCAAGUUAAAUCAGGCACUAUCUUCGAUAAUGUUCUCAUUACGGACGAUCCUGAAACUGCCAAGAAGUUUGGAGAUGAUGUAUGGAAGCUCACGCUCGAGGGAGAGAAGAAAAUGAAGGAGGCUCAAGAUGAAGAAGAGAGGAAGAAGGCUGAGAAGGAAGCGAGUGAAAACACAACGGAAGACAGCAAUGACGACGACGAGGAUGAUGAGGCGGAAGAGGAAGAUAACACUGUAGCAGAAACUGAGGAACAUGACGAGUUGUAAAUAAAGGUCAGGGGUGACACGAAAAAUUCAGACUGUAUUCCAGGGGUUGGCAGGCUUGAAAAUACACGCACCAACUGGCACGGUCAGAUAUGACAGAAAUUCAGAAUAUCGUCCAUUUUAUCUAAGAUUUCUUCCAUCCGAUGAAACUCAAUAGAUCAGAGAAAGAUCGAAGUGUCUCAAUCGUAUCAGGGAAUGAAUCAGUCACUCGUGGGAUAGAACAAUGCUCUAAUGAUGAAAAUUUAAGCACUAACCCUAAUCGUUAAUCUUAAUCUGUCUUGAGACAACAUUCGGAAAAACGAAUAAUCCUGAAAAAUGCGACGAUGAACUGAUUGCUGUUGUAAAAAUUAUACACAAAUGGUGUUUAAAGAUCCGUGCUUAGCUUCACCUCCGCCACAGCUCCAAAAAGACUAUAAGUUGUUCCGUUUUUGUUUGUCAAGUGUUUUUUAUAAUGAAAAAAAGUCCUGAUAGCAGUGAUUUUGAAAAGAAAAUUCAAUAUUGAUUAUUGUCAGCGACAUUUGCAGAUUAAUGAUUGUUUUCUACUCUUAUCAUUUAAAGUCAAACAUUCUUUCUUCAUCUACGUAGAAAUUUAUAUGACGCUAAGUGAUUGGGUGUGUGUUUAAAUAUGACUGAGUGAUAAUUAUUGAAUAAUUUUAUCAAAGUAAAUAAAAAAUGAUAAACAUUGGAAACACAAACGCCAAUAACAAUGUAAUAAAUUAAUAAGAAUUUUCUAGACGUG